UUGAAAUGGAAACCAGAUUAUGACAGUGCAGCUACUGAAUAUUCAAAGGCAGCUUGUGAGGAGGUUGGGCUGAAGUGCACUCAGGGUACAUCGUAUCCUGACGAACUCCCUGCUCCCUGGAAUGCCCACUCGGCAUCAGUUUUCAGAUCAAUCUUCCAGUGUGGGAACUACAACCAGCAUGAAAAGAACUGCAUUGGCUGCAAGGAUGAAGCAAAGGUCUUCUGAGGUCCGAGUCUCAACUGAAACUUUGGAGCACAUUUCCAAGUUGGAGCUGGGAUGCUAACCUAUUAUAUGACUUGCUAGGCAUCAUUUAGUGGCCACUGGAUUGUGAUCCUAAUAAAUGAUAAAUACAAAAAUGUAUCUAUUAAAAGCUUCCUUGGGAAUUAUUAUUUCUGAGGUACAUUCAAGUGAAAAUACAAAGCAUAAUGCACAAUAUGUUUUAACAAUUCUUUUUUUUUCCCUAGCUGUCGCCUUUAAAAAUGCUAAACAGUUUGAUCAGGCAAAAGAAGCAUACUAUAGAGAAGCUCUGUCCCAUGAAAACAACAAAGCUCUCUUCCAUGCUGCAAAAGCUUAUGAACAAGCUGGUAUGAUGUUAAAAGAGAUGCAGCAACAUCAUGAUGCAGUGGAACUGAUUCAGAAAGCCAGCAUGAUGUACCUGGAGAAUGGAACGCCUGACACUGCAGCUAUUGCUCUAGAUCGGGCUGGGAAGGUAAUAGAAAAUAUAAAUCCAGACAAGGCUAUACAGCUGUAUCAGCAGACAGCAUCAGUGUUUGAGAAUGAAGAACGUUUGCGACAAGCAGUUGAAAUGUAUGGGAAGGCUUCAAGGCUUUUAGUCAGAAGUCGUAGACUAGAUGAGGCUGCAGUAUCUAUUCAGAAAGAGAAAAGUAUUUAUAAAGAUAUUGAAAAUUAUCCAACGUGUUACAAGAAAACAAUUGCUCAGGUCUUAGUUCAUCUUCACAGAAAUGACUACGUUGCUGCAGAAAAAUGUGUCAGGGAAAGCUAUAGCAUACCAGGCUUCACAGAAAGUGAAGACUAUGCAGCUUUGGAACAACUUCUAGAGGGGUAUGAUCAGCAAGACCAGGACCAGGUAUCAGAUGUGUGCAAUUCACCACUCUUUAAAUACAUGGACAAUGAUUAUGCAAAGCUUGGUCUCUCAUUGACUGUCCCAGGAGGUGGUGUAAAGAAGAAAUCCCCAGUUACUCCACAAGGGAAGGCAGGUGGACCAGCUGUAGCAGCUUCUCAUGGAAAUGAGGAAGAUGACGAAUAUGCUGGUGGACUGUGCUAACUCCAGUUAACUCUGCUCUCGGAUAUCUGAUCAGCUGUUUCUGGCCAUUGAGCAAUUCCAAAGGCACCCAGAUUACCAUUAUUUCCUUGCAAUCAUGGCACAUGAAAGAUGAUGUCAGCUUUCAGGAUGCUUGUAUAAAAAGCAUGGCUGUACAAAUGGAAAUGUAUCUUGGUUACACUAUUGAAACUUAAAUGUUUUGGCACAUCUACUUAACUGAAGAAUUUGAAAGCUGUAGUCAUCUUGAAAAGGGAAGUUUGGGAGGUGGAAUUUAUCUUUGCUAUUUCUCUCUAACUGCCUGUUCAGUGAAUGGCCCGUUGUUUCAUGUUCCAGUAUAAAUCGGCAGCCCGGCAGAAGGUUGAGGUUCUUAGAGCUGUGGAGUUAUGCAUUUAUUUAUUUUUGCACUUUUGAACCAUACAACUAAACCAUGUGAAAGCACCUUAGAUUAUGAAAGAUUCUCUCUUCCUACAAGCUCAAUAUUUGGGAGCACACGCUUGCAUGUGUAUAGGAGCUGUCUGGCUAAUGCCAGGAAAGCACAGCCUAUGCUUUUUAGCAACUUUAAUUGCUACAGACAUACUGCCUUUCCAUUUAUUAUAGAUAAACUUGAAAUAAACCCAUAUCCCUUUCUAGAUAAAUUAUACUUUAGCUAUGGAAUUUUCAGGACUUCGUUUUGAAAAGAUAAGAAUCCAGAGCAUUAGAGUGCAAAUAGUGGCAAAUUAUUUGUAUUUUAUUUCCUGUAAUGAAUACACUCUUGAGUCCCAGUGGGCUAGAGUCUUUCAACAUUUGAUGGUACUUUGCUAUAGUAGAUGUCAGAUUUACAGGGAAAGUUUACCAAAGUGUCAAGUAAGAUUACUUUGAGUCCCUUGGAGACUUGUGCAUCUGCUCCUGCUUAUCUCUCCCCACCACUACUGCAGUUUUCCUUAAGUGAAUUCAGGUGAACAUGAAAUAGGUCUUGACUUGAAUACUAUAAAUGGCAAAACUGAAAUUGGGGGCUCAAAAUACAGGAUGGUUCUUAAAAAUGUCUGUGAUCUAUGUAUGUGAAAGGGUUUUUUAAUAGUCCUGCAAAUUUAUAUUGAUACUGUACUGAACAGUGUAAAUUGUGAAGAGCAUCUAACAUUAGGAACUGUCAAACUCUUUGGGGAGAAGUAAUUACACUACAGCAGAACGAUCAUGAAAAACAUUAAAUAACAUUCCUAGUAGUUUUGAACUAUAAGACUUAAUAGAUUCAAAUCGGAGAACACAAUUUCUUAAGAGCAUCCUCCACCCUAGGUUAACAUAUCUUUUAUCAUUAACACAGAUGCUGCUGUUUUGUCUAAUAAAACCUAUGCUUUGUUUAACAAAACCUAUGUUAGAGAAGGAAUAUAUCUGUAGGAUGCUUCUUUGUGUUCAGACUGUAGGUCCUUAACCCCAUAUUCAGAAGAUUGUGAAAAUAUAUUUCGUUACCCACUGAGUGUAUGAGUUAUGAACCUAGGCCCAAGUUAAACGUUCCCUGUUUUCAUCUGGCCUGGAAAAUUCCGGGGAUAUAAAACAGAAACUGUGUGCAGUGAAAACAAUGUUUUAAUACUGGAUUGUAGAUGCAUUCAAGACCAAAAUUUGUGAAGAUAGAUGGGCAAUGUCCAUUUGACUUGCUGCCCUUUUAUUUUAGCUGACAAAAAUGUAAUAGAGAGCCUGUUACCUUUUUGAAAUGUUUAAAAAUCCAUGCUUUAAUAUGUGUUUAGUAGUUGUUUUCUGAAGUAUUGUGCAUACUUCAUUUGAAAUGAGAAAUGCAGCAAGGAGGGAAGUUUUGUGAAAUGUCAGUGCUUUAAGAGCCAAAGCAACAGUUUGUUUGCAUGAAUAUGCUAAAAUAUAGUUCAAUAUUAUGGAUAAAUAACUGUAUUGAAUAUGAUUUGUUUGUAUGUCCAGAUGCUGUAUAAACCAUGUUUUAUGCAACAUGAACCUUGUGCUUUAUUGUAACUCUGCCCAGCCUAUCUAUGGGAUGUGAUAGAGUAUGAAAAAUGUAAUUGCCCUACAGCUCCUGCCUCUUUAAGAGGCUCUGGAUGUUACCCAUGAAAAAUAAAGUUUAAAAUAUUGAACCUUC